CGCGGCGGUACCGACUCCGUAACGCGUGGACAGUGUGAUCCGGCGACUCAGGCCGGGUUCUAGGUCGGGUUUGAUCGAAGGGCCAGAAGAGGAGCCCGUUGGCGUUGAAAGGAGACCAGGCAGGCGGCCGCCAUGACGGAUCAUCUGCCCCCUGCCCUGCUGGAAGCCUGCGUGGUGGUGGGAGUGCCUGCUGACAAACUCCGAGAGCUCUUCCAGUCCAGUCAGCAGGGUGCUAACAAUAACGGCACUCCAGAUCUGUUGGACCCUGAGGUACUCCAUGUCCUGGCUCCUCCCUUCGUCAGCAAAGAGCAUGCAUGGAGUGACGUGAGGCCAUUUGGGAAGCGCCGGCGCUCCUUCAUCAAGAAGAAAAGGGAGAGAACACCUCCACGCAUUGUGCCCCUCGGCGAAGGUCUGGUGUGCCGUCGAGGAGGAGGAAGUGAAGAUGUUAGCGUGCCUAAAGACAUUGAUCUCAUUGCUCUGCCUCAGCUGUGUUUCCCUGGUGGGCUCCAAAUAACCAAUGAGCACAGAGAAGAGCAGUUCCACUUCCUGGUUUUCACCGACUUAUUUGGCAACCAGACUCAUGGCGUAGUGAUGCAAUGUCCCCGGCCUAUAAUGGAAGGGAAGUUUUUCUAUCAGAAUUCCCAUGGUUCGGCCAAGGUCCCUAAUCUUUAUUCGGCCUAUGCGUUCUGCAUCAUAUCCAAGCACCCCUACUACACCGCACUGAAAGACUGCCUGUCAUGUCUAUUAGUCCAGCUGAGGACUUGUCGUUUGUCAGACUUGGAGGAGAGGGUGAAGGAAUUUGCUGCCAAACUGGCACUUGUGCCCAUCCCGCCCCCGGGGCAGCUAUAUUUGAUGUUUUCCUUGCGUCCCUUGACCAUUGUGUUACCAUCCAGAGAGGACAAAGAUCGCUCGGCGGUAGAUUUGGAUCUUCAUCUACCUUUCCUUUGCUUCAGACCACAGCAAGUAUUACAGGUGCUGUCCUGUCUUCUCCAGGAACAGAGGGUGGUGUUGUUUUCUGCUGACUGGGCCAAACUCACCCUGGUAGCGGAGAGCUUUUUGCUCUUUCUGAAGCCUCUGUCAUGGCAGCACCCCUAUGUUCCUGUCCUGGCACAGGGCAUGCUGGACUUCCUCAUGGCACCCACUGCCUUCCUAAUGGGCUGUCAUGUCAGCCAUUAUGAAGAGGUUGCCACAGAAACGAAUGACCUGAUCCUGGUUAACAUCGAUGAUGGCAGCGCAUCCACCUCUUGUUCGGAGACCAUUGAAUGGCCAGAGAUUCCACUGGCUGCUGCCGACUGUUUUACACAAAGGUGCCUGUCCCUUCAGGUGCAUUUUGACCUACGUCAGUGCCACAGCGCUACCUGCUCUGACAUUAAUGAGCAGCGGGCACAGAGGCGGAUGUGGCAGUGCAACCUCAACCAUGACAUCCAGAGGAUUGCACUAGAACUGAUGGUCAACAUAUUCAGGGAUGUGAGCAGCCAUUUAAAUUAUGAACACCGAGUGUUCAACAGCAAGGAGUUCCUGAAGAGCCGAGACAGCGCAGAGCAGCCUUUCUACCAGAAGGUCCUGGAGACCCAUAUAUUCCAUUCGUUCCUGAAGGAUCGCCUGAACAGGAAAAUGGACGCCUUCACUCGCAUGGAGCUCAACACGCGAUCUGAGGCUCAGAGGAUGAAGGCGAUGCUGGAAAACCCUCGUCGGCCCACCAUGCAGGAGAUUCAGGCCAGGAGAAGCAGUUUGAUGACCGAAAGGCUCCCUUCUUCUCUCUCUCCCGCUGUAGCUCUGCGGACUCCACCGAAGGCCAUAAAUGUGUUUAAACUCCCAGAAUUCCCUGCUUCUCUGUCCUUCCACUCAGUGCAGGGUUAUUACAGUGAGCUGAUCCAGCAGCUGGGCAAAGCCAUCUUCUAUGCCCAGACCGAGGACUCUGCUCUGCUGGCCAGGUACCCGUGUUUCCUCUCAUCACAACUCCCUCUCUUCACUUUCUCUUCUUUUCCUUUUUUUCUUUUUUUCUGCAGGUACUACUACCUGCGGGGUUUCAUCAACACGUUGUGUUCUCGACGUCUGGAGGCUCUGAGUGAUUUUCAGAACCUCUAUAAGACCGACAUGGCCAUCUUCCCCACCCAGCUGGUCACAUGGCUUGUAGACUCUCUGCAAAAAGAGGAGCGACAGCAGGCUGACAGGCGACCCGAACUCAAAAGACUCAUCCUCAAGGUGACAACAGAAAAUGAGAAACCUUUGGUUCAGCCAGAUGACCAUGUCAAGAAAUUUGAGCUUCCUAAAACACAUCUACAACAAGAGGAGUUUGUGCGCUGUGUGCAGGAGUCUGGGAUUGUGAAGGACGUAGCAAUAAUACAGCGCUUGUUCGAUGCCCUUACUGUUGGCCAACAGAAACAGGUGGAUCCUGAGCUUUUCAGAGUCUUCUACACCUUCUGGAAGGAGACGGAGGCCGAGGCGCAGGAAGUCAACCUCCCCUCUGAGGUCAUAGACCAGCUCGACAACAGCGAAUGUGUCUACAAGUUGUCCUCCUGUGUCAAGACCUCCCACGGUGUCGGCAAAAUUGCCAUGACCCAAAAGCGACUGUUUUUGAUCACAGAAGGACGACUAGGUUUCCUGGAAAUCGCCAAGUUUAGAGACAUACAGGAGGUAAAGAUCUCCUCAGCUCCUUUCCUCCUCCUUCGUAUCCCCUCCCUUCAUAUCCACACCUGUAGCAGGACUGAGGUGUUUGAGGCCAACCUGAAAACAGAAACUGACCUCUGGAACCUCGUGGUCAAAGAGAUGUGGGCUGGGCGCAAGAUGGCCGACCAACACAAGGACCCUCAGUACAUGGCCCAGGCCCUGACCAACGUCCUGCUGAUGGAUGCUGUAGUGGGUUGUCUGCAAACACAGGGGUCCAUCUACGCCGCCUCCAAACUAGCUUACUUCGACAAGGUCAAACAUGAAGUGCCAAUGAUGGUGCCUAAGACCACCUCAGAGGCUCUGAAACACAAGAUUAACCCUUCGCUGAACAUGGCUGAGACCCAGACCGUGCACGCCCUGCUGUACACGCCAGGCCAGCUGAGCUGUACCGACUCGGACAGAGACCGGAACCCGAAGCUGUGGGUCGCCCUGAGCGGCGGGCAGGUGGUUGUGUUUGAUGCGGCCAGCUGGUCCAUGCUGCAGGACUGCAUCCAGGUCGGAGCCUCGCAGCUGAAAUGCAUGGUGGGACUGAACCAGGAGCAGGUGUGGAUUGGUUCCCAGGACUCGGUGAUCUACAUCAUUGACACUCGCAGCAUGUCCUGUAACAAACAGCUGACUGAACACCGGCACGAGGUCACCGGCCUCACCGUGGACAACAGAGACCACCAGAGCAGCUGUGACGGCACCAUCCUGCAGUGGGAUUCCUCAAGUCUCAAAGUGAAGCGACAGUUCAAGAUCGACUGCGACUGCCUGACCUCCAUACAGAUUCACGACGGCGCCCUCUGGUGCUGUUGUGGUGAUAGCAUCGUGGCGCUGAAGAAGAACGGGACACCACAGAGAAGGGUCACACUUCCUGAUGACUUACAGGGCGUUCCCAGUUGCUUCAGCAGCUUCAUCCUUGUCCAGGAGCGAGGUCAGUUGUGGACGGGCUGUACCAACUCUGGGGAGCUGUUCCUGUGGUAUACGAAGGACCACGACACACCCUUCAAAAGGAUCUCGCUGCCGGUCAGCUCUGGAGUCACCUGUAUGAUCCGAGUGAAGGACCAGAUCUGGGUGGGCUGCCGUGGCGUUGGAGGGCUGUGCGACGGCCAGCUGAGGAGUCAGGUUCUGAUCGUGGACCCCGAGAGCCAAGUCGUCGAGAAGGAGCUGCAGGCCCAUUCGGACAGUGUCCAGUCGCUCUGCUCCGCUGAGGACCGCUACGUCCUGAGCGGCUCCGCACACCACGACGGCAAGAUCGCCAUCUGGAAAGUUGAGUGA